AUGGCUCCCGUUUACCAAUUGAAGUUUUUUAAUUUUAUGGGCGUUGCUGAGCCCAUUAGAUACUUGUUUGCCUAUGGAGGUAUCAGCUACAAGAAUGUCGAAGUCAACAAGGAUUCAGACUGGCCUGAUGUACAGAAAUCUGUACCCUUUGGCAAGCUGCCAGUUCUGGAGGUAGAUAAGAAGGUGCUCUACCAGUCUGUGGCUAUCAGUCGCUACCUUGGAAAGUUAGUGGGUUUGGUACCCGCUGAUGACUUGGAUGCAGCGGAACUAGAUGCUAUUGCGUUGUCCGUCUACGAUUUUGGCGCAAAGGUCCACGAAUGGUACCACGAGAGCCAGAAAGAAAGGAAAGAAUACUUGCAAGCGGAAUUAGAGGACAUUUGGCUAUCCAAAUAUCUUCGCGAAUUUGAAGAUAUUGUUCAGAAGAAAGGAAGCUAUUUUGGUGGCCAGAAAAUAAGCUGGGCUGACUUAUACUUCGUGGGCAUCAUCGAGUCCAUUGAAGGCAUGUGGGGUUCCAAGAUCUUGGAGAAGCAGUAUCCAUUGCUGUACAGGAUCUACGUCCAUGUCCACGAGAUCCCUGCCAUCGACACCUACGUCAGUAACAGACCUCACUACAAAUAUUGA